UUCAUGAGGUUUAUAUCAUUACUACAAAAUACAAAGGUUUGCGUUUUCGAGCUGUUUUCAUGUAUCUUAUUUCUAAAACCAAUUUAAGCAUUGUCACGCCAUAUGACAUCUAUGACUGCUACGAAAGUGGUAAUUCCUUGAAAAUGUAUUGUAUUGUAUCUAAUUCCAAAAACACUACCAUUUUCCGGUUAUAAAUGAUUUAAGAUUGUAUGAAUUUGAAGCGAUAAUGACUCAGUGGGUGGUUUGCAGUCUCAUUAUCUAAGGUUACAUUCUCACUUAGCUUAUUAGAACCAAUUACCUUUUAUCCGUAAAUAACCUCUAUGAAAUUGGACUAAAACGUUAUAUUCAAUUUCGAGGAAGAGUCGUUUUAAUCCAAUUUGCCGUUCAAAGUUUUUAAAUCGUUAUUUAAAGUAUAACUAUAUAGGACCAGAGAAGAAAAUUUCUUUCUUUUACUUCUAAAAGUGUACUUAAAAAUGGCCUCUAAAAGUUAACCUUUCGUACAAAUCAAGUGACUAAAGUCCAUCUCAAUAUUACGACACGCACAAAAUUUUCCAUUUAUGUCGCCUGUGCUUUGAUUGAAGGCAAAGGACAAUAGGUGGAUAAGCAUCCAUAUCCUCAAUUAGUUUAAUGCCGCUAUCAGAAAGAAUUGCGGCGUUGGGGGGUCACGACCGACGAUAUAUUUAGUCCAGUUUCGAUGGCUGAUAGGUCGCACGAGCGUUGGGGCAGUCAGCUAGAGUAUCUGCUAUCAUGUCUAGGAUACGCCGUCGGUAUUGGAAACAUUUGGAGAUUCCCAUAUUUAUGUUAUAGGAAUGGAGGAGGUGCAUUUCUCAUACCAUAUUUCCUGACGCUUGUCAUCUGCGGCAUCCCGCUCGUGUAUUUAGAGACGACGCUGGGUCAGUUUGCGAGCGCAGGAUGUAUUUCUAUAUUCAACAUCAACCCACUGUUUAAAGGAGCGGGAUAUGCAGUGAUUUUAGUGAACAUAAUAGCUACAACGUACUUCGCUGCGAUUAUGUCAUUCCCCUUGCUGUACAUCUAUCAUUCGUUCACUUCUCCCCUACCCUGGCAGAGCUGCGGGAACACAUGGAACACUGAUCGUUGUUCUGAGUUAACUGGAAACUCGACAUCUGCAAUCGGUAGUACAGGUGCGGUAACAACACCCGAAGACGAAUUCUUCCAUAUACGUCUGCUGCAAAUGUCGCCAAGUAUUAACGAGAUCGGUGGCAUCGUGUGGCCUCUUUUCUGUUGCAACUUAAUAUGUUGGGUCUGCGUCUACCUCUGUAUAUGCGGAGGUGUCAAAAGCGUCGGUAAGAUUGUUUAUUUCACAGUUCUGUUUCCGUAUGUGGUGCUUUUUGCUCUGUUUAUACGCGGCGUGACUUUACCCGGCGCUGGACAAGGGAUCUUAUAUUUUAUACUACCCGAUUGGAGCCAGUUGAAGAAUCCUAAGGUAUGGGCAGAUGCUGCAACACAGAUAUUCUACUCGCUCGGACCUGGAUGGGGAGGUUUAGUUAGCAUGGCUAGCUUCAACAGAUUUCACUACGAUAAUUUGAGGUCAUCAAUAAUAAUACCAAUAGUGAACAGUGGUACAAGUAUUUGGGCUGGUUUCGUGGUGUUUUCUGUGCUUGGCUUUGCGGCGGAACGCGCCGGGGUGCCCGUCAGUCAAGUGGCGACUGCUGGUCCGGGACUAGCAUUCAUCACGUACCCAGCAGCUGUCACGUUAAUGCCGGCACCCAAUUUCUGGGCUAUAACUUUCUUUGUUAUGCUGUUCUUUCUUGGCAUUGAUACUAUGUUUGUGACAAUAGAAGCCGUGAUCACAGGUCUGUUAGACGAAUAUCCAAAGUUGCAUCGACGCAGAAAACUAAUAACUCUUAUGACUUGUUUAAUACUUUUUUCCAUUUCAACGAUCUGUAAUACCAAGGCUGGUCUACACAUAAUCGGUCUACUGGACUCGCACGUGGCAAUAGCUUGCGUGCCAAUCGUCUGCAUCAUGGAGUUGGUUGCAGCUGUCUACACAUACGGCCAGGACAAGCUCAGAACCGACGUUCUUUUCAUGACUGGCAGACCACUGAGGAGGUUCUGGCUGAUACUAUGGAGAUAUGUACUGCCAGUUAUUUUAAUGGUGGUGGCCGGCUAUUCGCUGCGUGAAGCGUCAGGCAUAGCUGGCUGGUGUGUUGCACUUGCGUCGGUCGUAUGCAUUCCUAUUUUUGCAGCGAAAACUAUUUAUAUGUCCAGAGGACCUGUUCUACAACGGAUCAAGGAGAAUUGUCGUGCGAACGCGCUCUGGGGCCCAGCGGAGACCGAAGUCCGCGCGCAGUGGAAUACAUUUCGCAAAAAAAAAUUGCACGUGCCCUUAGAUGUAUUAAAUAAUCAUGCAGACAAAUAACAAAAUAUUUUACUUUAAAAUAUAUGUUAUUAAAUAUACCAUA